CGUAUUUAAGCCUCUGGCGCGGGAUCAGUUUAGGAGGAACAUUCACCGUAUUGUUUCAGCUUCGUCCAGUUAACCGUCAGCGUUUUCUCAAUAUUGUUUUCGCUUCCACGAAGGAAUAUGAGUCUCAUCGGAAAACCUAAGCAGAGCAGUCAGAAAUCUAAUGAAAACAUUAAGAAUUUCUUUAAACAAUCUGAAAAGACAAUGGGAGUCCCUAGGCAAAGCCUGCAGGCCCUCCACUCCUCAGCAGGCAACACAGACUUCAGGUUGGCUCAGUCAGGAAAGACCAAUCCCAAGCGGAAACAAUGGAUACUUGACCAAGAAAAGGGCCCCAAGAGGGUGAAGGUUGAAGUCAAAUCCACACAAACUGAAGAAGCUGCUGAUUCUCUACCAGAUGGGAUGUCCAGUGAAGCCUAUGAACUUAUGGUCAAAGAAACGCCUCCCGCCGCCUACUGGAAAGAAGUGGCUGAAGAGCGGCGCAAAGCCUUGUACGAUGUACUACAAGAAAAUGAAAAGUUGCACAAAGACAUUGAGGCCAGAGAUGACCAGAUCACGAAACUUCACUCUGAAAAUGAAGAGCUGCAGGAGCUGGCACAACAUGUACAGUACAUGGCUGACAUGAUAGAGAGGCUGACUGGGAAGUGUCCGGACAACCUGGAGGAGAUGAAGGACAUUGCUCUUGACGUGGAAGAUGAGGAUGCUGAGACCGAAGAUGAACUGGAUCAAAGUGAGCAAGAGUCUGAUGGCGAAGAGGAAGAUUACUCAGUUCAUGACGAAGAUUCAUCAGUUUAUGAACACCCCGAAGCCUCAGAGCAGGAUUGACUUGGAACUGUCUUAAGCUGGCAACACGUUUCCCCCUUUUGGAAAUUUUAUUUUUUUUAAUGUUCAGAUUUUUUUUUUUUUUUUUUUUUUCCUCCCCUAUCUAAACAUUUAACCUCUCGUGGUUAAAUGUACAGAUGUGACUCUUAUCUGCCACCUAGACUUGUAUGACUUUUUCAAGUGAAGUUCAAAUGUUUAGCCUGACUUUUGCACAGGGAGAGUGAAUUUGAGCCGUAACUAUUUAAGCUAUAAAUUGCAAGAUUUUAGCACAUUUUAUGUACAUUAUCUAAAAAUAAAGUGUAUU